AUGUCCAGCAAGCACUUCCUGCCAGAAGACCCAUUUUCUACGGUCAAUUUUGCUCUCAAGGGAGCAAUUUACGAAAACCCAAACUUGUCUCUUCUAUCCAAAGAGCGUGUCUUAUUUAACAACAACUUUGACCCCAGAAAAGUAGCAUUAAUCUCUGGUGGAGGGUCUGGCCAUGAACCUGGCUGGUAUGGUUUUGUCGCCGACGGCAUGCUCACUGCAUCCGUGCAAGGAGAGAUCUUCGCGUCUCCAAACUACAAAAACAUCCAGGCAGCAGAGAAAGUUGUCCAUUCUGAGGCGGGCACCAUCUUUCUCAUCACCAACUACACGGGGGAUAACCUGUACUUUGGCAUGGCUGCGCAAGAACUUGUCAACAAGUACGGCGAGGACAAAAUUCGCAUUUUGCGCACGACAGACGACGUGGCAGUCCCACGAUCCAAGAGCGACCGCGUUGGCCGCAGAACGCUCAGCGGGAUCACCAUCAUGGCCAAGGUGCUUGGUGCGUGUGCCGAUGAGUUCCAUGACAUCGACACCGUGUACAAGCUGGGUGUGUCUGUCAACGCCAACAUUGCUUCAGUCAACGCCGGGCUCGAUCACGUGCACAUCCCCACGCACGAUGCAACCACCGACUGGGGUCAGCUGAGACAGAACGAGCUCGAGCUUGGGCUCGGCGUGCACAAUGAGCCCGGCGUGAAGCGGCUCGAUUAUGUUCCUGCAAACGAGGAGCUUGUCCAGAUCCUGCUCAAGUACAUCCUAGACAUGACAGACCCGGAAAGAGGGUAUUUCCUGUACGAAAAGGGCGACAAGAUCGUUUUGCAGCUCAACAACUUGGGUGGGGUGUCGCAUUUCGAGCUGUUGGCCAUUUUGACCGAAACAGUGCACCAGCUGAAGCGCGACUACGGCCUGGACAUCACCAGGGUUUACCACGGCCACUUUGUGACCAGUUUCAACGCGCAGAUAUUUACACUGACACUGUUCAACGUGACCAAGGCGGCUACCGCAGAGUUCCCUGUUGAGAAGCUAUUUGAGUAUCUCGACAAGCCUGUGCGGGCGUCAAACUGGCCGGCAAAUUACUACACCUCAUUGGAGCCAAUUGACGUCCAGAGUCGUGUGAUUGACGACUUCAAGCACUACGACGAGGACCUCGCAGCAGAAAAGUCGCCAACUAAAGGAGACAUCAAUGUCAAUCCGGACACACUGGAAUCAGUGAUUCGAACAGCUGUUCGCAAUGUCAUUGCUAGAGAGCCCGAACUGACUAUCUGGGACACCAAGAUGGGGGAUGGCGACUGUGGAGAAGGCCUCAAGAUUGGAGCUGAGGCAGUACUACACCGUCUGGAAAAAGACCGGUUUACGGCAAGUGGAUCGUUGCUGCAAACUCUUGAGUCCUUGCUCAAAGUCGUCAAAGACUCGAUGGGCGGCACGUUGGGGGCCAUUUUGUACAUUUUCCUGCAAGGCUUGACCAACAAGCUGGAGUUGUUGCUGGAGAGCAACGAGACACCGCUGCCACUGGCGUUUGCCGACGCCAUGGACUAUGCAAUUGAGAACCUGUGCAAUUUCACAAAAGCGCGCGAGGGUGACAGAACAGUGAUGGAUGUGUUGAUUCCGUUCUGUCGUGAGUUUUCGCAGUCGAAAAACUUGGGUCAGGCCAUUAAAAAGGCGCACACAGCUGCAGAGGCAACCCGGAAAAUGAGGCCCAAGCUGGGAAGGGCCAGUUACGUGGGGAUCGAGGACAACGAGACAGAUUUCCCGCCAGACCCUGGAGCAUACGGUGUGUACGAAAUUAUCGCUGCCCUCGGCGAGGGGCUCAGCCAUUGA